UCCACGUUUUGGACAAUACUAGCUUAUCUUGAAACAUUAGUUUUUACAGUAUGGAACCAGUACCUGCAAUAUUCGUUCGGCGAAUUUGAAAUGCGAAAAAGUGUAAGUUCCGAAAACGUUAAUGAUACAGAUAUUAUUGUAUCAAAUGCAAGAAAUCACUGCAAACGGAACGCACCGGAUACCAGUAUCAUUCUCCCUAAGAGAAGAUACGGGCAUCUAGGACGCAUAUUUGAACGCUACUGUAUAACCAUUAAGCCUAAACUGUACAGAAGUAGUUCUUUGUCAGAUCUUGCCACUAUAUCAAGCGAUUUCACUCUAGAUUUUUUCAAACAUACCAAGAAGUUAGUAUCUAAAAGAUACAGAAGAGAAUCUAUAUGCGGUAGUUUUGGCGAUACGGAAUAUAUUACCAACAUUUCAAAUUCACUAUUCAUGUCGAAUAAAUUUAAAGGAAAAACACAGAAGAGGAAAGAAGAGAUGUCGCCUGAGUCGUACGCGUCUAAAUUCGCAACAGAAUAUAUUCACAAUGACCAAUCCGAACGAGACACUACUACCGAUGUUAAUUUCUCAUCUGGUGCUGACAAUUCCAGUUCGCAGUGCAGUGUCGACCAACUAAGUCAAAAAGCUACCUUUCCAUUCAAAUCUACACCAAGUGGAAAUCUAAAAGUUCAGUCAAAUCAGGUCGUGUUUCAAUCUUCUACUGUGGGGGUGUUAUUGGCAGAUCCAACUCAAGCAAAAGUUAAAGUUAAAAUUGAAGGGAAAGCAACGGACGAAGCAGAUGAUAUUCAACAGACUGAAACCGAGAUUGAAACUGAUGAACCUCAAUUACAAUAUGGUGGUAGAGAUACAUAUCCAACAAAAACAUUUGAAAGAAAUGCAAAAGUCAAAUCUCCUGAUAAAGAAAUUAAAGCAGAGAAAUCAAAAUGUUUGAAUAGUCUUGGAUAUGGUAAUGCAGAACCCAUAGAUUGGACCAGAGUGCAGUUACCAAAGAAACAAGACUUAUUUCAGGAAUUCUAUCGAAGGAUACAUGCUUCAAUAAACACUGAUACCAUUGUUCACAUAGGCGAAGAUGAAUUCCACUGUCAUAGAAUUGUACUUCAGAUAUACUCCAAUUAUUUCGAAAGGAACACUCAAAGAGAAAUUGAUUUACCCAUUGCACACAUUUCUUCAGAGGCAUUCCAAACUAUAUAUGAGUGGAUGAUCUUCAGUGGUCCGGAGAGCAAUAAAAUAUUAAAAAGAAGGAAUGUUCUCGAUGUAUUUUGUGCCGCCCAAUAUCUAUCUAUUAAAGAUCUAGAAGAACAAUGCUGGACUUUUAUCGUAAGUGAAGAUUUAUUUAUAGAAGAUACUGCAUUUAUGCUAUACAGAGAGGCCAGGUUGAAAGGCAUGACCCCAGUGACUGAGUUAAUGAUUCCACGAGUAAAGAGAUUCUUUUUGCCAUUGGUGGCAUCAAGAGAUUUCGUUGAACUGGAACUAGAAGAAAUCAUGCCUUUUUUUAAAUCAAAUUAUAUAUGUGUUACAAGCGAAAUAGAAGUCCUAAUGGCCGGAGUGCGAUGGUUGUACGCGGACUGGUCAUCCCGACGGCGGCAUACCGUGGAUGUGAUGAGAUGUGUACGUUUCGGUCUCAUCUCCCCCUGGCAACUGGUGGACAUCAAGAGGAACCCUGACAACGAGGAGAUCCUCGAAAUUGUAAAUGAGCCUGAGGUGCAACAAAUGGUGGAUGAUGGACUCGCCUAUGUCAUCAUAAAGUAUUGGUAUGGGAAUAAUUCCAAAAAUUACUAUCAUUGGAUCGACGUUCUCGGUCUCACAGAACCUGCUGAAAGAAACUGGAUCGGGGAAGAAAAGAAUCACGUCACAUAUAAAGACUUUUUGAAAUACUUGGAGCAAUUCAUGAUCCCUAAGGACCAGUUGUACCAGCAAAUGACGGUGAUGCAGCCACCGCGGAGAAGCGAUGACAUACCUGGGAGCCCACGCGGGCUAGAUAUGGAGAAGUUAGAAAUGCGCAGGCGCAAUAUGGAAUUUCCUCUAUCAACGCUGAAGUCCUUAGGAGCUGAUAGGGAAAAAUUUCCGACGAUGAGUGACUUUUUCGAUCACCGCAGAAAGGAUAGCGUGAUGUCACCUCGAUCGCCAUCGCAGGAAGUAGAAGUUCCGCCUAUACCUAAUAUGGCAGACCGAAAGAAAAGCCCUGAUAGGGAUAGGCAGAUGAAGCACAUUGAGGAGCAACGGAAGCUACAACAACAACAACAAAAACAGAUUCAAGAGAUUCAUAUGUUGCACACUGCUCGUGACAGAACUCCUUCCAAAAGAACAGACCACGUGCUAGAUUUUCCGGAAAAAGACUCAACAGAAACACACACGAGCCCGAGUGAAACCAGUGCGGAGAGCGCUGACACCAGCAUCACGGACAAAAAUCGAUAUGCAUUUAACGCCGAGAAGAGGCACAGCUUAGCAGCAACAUAUCUUGCUACUGCAACCGCCGCUUUGGCUGGAUCUAGAAAGUUGUCACAUGUACCGUCUCCUUCACAACUCAGGCCGCCGACAGGCGGAAACGUCAGUCGUACAGAUCCUGUAUCCAGAUCUCCACCACCUGUAUCUCAAAACAAUAUCCGAAGUCCACAGAUAUCUCUCUUUGACCAGUCCAAAGAGUCUCUAGCUAGGCAGAACAUGAAUAAAUUGUCCACCUCAAUCCUUGGACCCACCAACAAAAACUACAUGAACGAUGGCUCCCUUUUUAAUUGGGACCGAGAAACGGUGCUGGUUUUUGGCGGUAUCGAUCCACAUAAGACUUAUGGAAUGGGAAAUAAUACUGGAAAAAAUAUUUAUAGAUUUGAUCCUGUGACCAACGUGUGGGAUUUCGUAGGGGACCUGCCGGAGCCAAGACACCAUCAUUCCGUCGCUUUCUUACGGGGGCGAGUUUACCUUGUGGGAGGCGCAGAUCCUCGUGACGACGACGUCCGAGGCAAGUCCGUGGUGGUUUCGACGGUAUGGAGUUUCGAGCCUGUUGCUAAGUCGUGGUACAGCGAGUCUGGCCUCUCCAUUCCUAGGAAGAACUUUGGUCUUGUGGUCCACCGGAUGGCAUUGUAUGCUAUUGGUGGACAGGAUAAGAAAGGAAGAGUUCUAAGAUCAGUGGAGAAGUUUGAUCCCAAAACGGGUUUCUGGACCGAAGUCCGUUCGAUGAGCGUCGCCCGCAUGGCGGUGGCUGCCGUCAAGUACCGCGAGUACAUCUGGGUGGCGGGCGGCAUGACCGGGGAGAAGAGGAAGCCAGUUUGCAAGAUCGUUGAAUGCUACAACUCUAAGACUAACGAAUGGACAGAAAUACACAGUCUCCGGUUUCCAAGGUGUCUCGCCACAUUGUUCGUGAUGAAUGAUAAGUUGUACAUCAUCGGUGGCGCUGGAAAAAAAUCUGAUAAGGAUAAAACUGCAAGUAGUGUUGGAGCCAUCGACUCGUGGGACUGGGAUGCGCGGGAGUGGAAGCCUGAGACGGAGAUGUCCAUACCCAGGCACGGGCACGCGCUCGCAUAUCUGGGCACGCAGCUCAUCAUCAUAGGUGGAAUGACAACAGUCUACAUGCGAGCGUUAAGCAACGUAGAAUCGUAUUGCUGCGAACGAGGCGCGUGGAUUCGAGGCGUGGCGACCCUGCCAUCCCCGCUGUCGGGCCACGGAGCUGUCACGCUGCCCCCGGCUUCUUUCAUGUAGAAAGGCCUUUAUAUUUCUCGACCUUGUUUAUGUUAAAAGCGCUUUGUACAUAUAACAUAAAUACAUUUUGUAUCUACUAAAUUCAUUUUACCAUGAAGUCCACUGCCGAUAAAAAGCUAGUCCAGAUUUUCUUCUACCCAUAAUUGCGUAGAACAGUUACUCCACUAAGCAUAAUUAUUAUUCGUACUUAUGUUAUAAUUAAGUCGACAUAUUAGUAUGUUGAUAAUCCAUACUGUGAUUUAUAAGCCAAAAUAACGAAUAAAUUAUUGAGCCUAAUUAUAGAAAAUCAUUUGGAUAUGUCUCUGAUAAGGAAAAAAUUAAAGGCAAAUAAAUUUUGGAGUCGGGUGUUUGUUUUUGUGCAAUGUACUGAGUACUAAGUCUGUGAUGUCUAUUUCGAGGAAACUAAAUCUUCACAUAUUUGUUUGUUUGUUGUGUAAUUAAUAUCUUGGUAAUUUAUUUAGAUUAAAUGUAUCGUGAA